GAAGCUAACUGCGGGCGAUCGAAUUCCGGUCCCACAAUCAAUUAACUAGCUAACGGCGUUCAUUUCACCGGCGGCGAUGGAGCGCGACGUUGGGCAGCGGAAGACGGUUCUGGUGACGAACGACGACGGAGUGGACGCGGCCGGGUUGCGGGCUCUGGUCGGAGUCCUUGUGGCGACCGGCCGGUUCAACGUGCUGGUCUGCGCUCCUGACUCGGAGAAGUCCGCCGUGAGCCACAGCAUCACGUGGCGUCACCCUAUCUCCGUCAAAAGGGUUCAAAUCGCCGGAGCCACUGCCUUUUCGGUUGCGGGAACUCCAGCGGAUUGUGCUUCCCUCGGCAUCUCCAAAGCUCUCUUCUCUUCAGUUCCCCAUUUGGUGAUAAGUGGUAUUAACAUGGGCAGCAAUUGUGGUUAUCACAUUGUCUACUCAGGAACAGUUGCAGGUGCAAGAGAGGCAUUCAUGAAUGGUGUUCCAUCUGUAUCUUUAUCCUACGAUUGGAUUCGGGGAAAAAGCAAUUUCAAUCACUUCACACUAGCUGCUGAGGCUUGUGUACCCAUUAUAUUAUCUAUAUUGGCUGAUAUAGAGAGUAAAGCUUAUCCCAAAAAUUGCUUUCUUAAUAUUGUUGUGCCAACAGAUGUUCAAAAACACAAGGGUUUUAAGCUUACUAAGCAAGGGAAAAGUUUAAUCAAAACGGGAUGGAAGCAAGCUACUAGUGAAGGACAUGGAGCGAAAAUGCUAUCAACUAUGACUAUGGACUUAACACCAUCACAAACCACACAACCAAGUGUUGAUCACACCGGGCAGGACCAAUUUUUAUUCGCUAGAGAAGUUAGGGAAAAACAAGUGGACAAUGAUGGCACAGAUUAUAGUUAUCUUCAAGAUGGAUAUGCCAGCAGUUCGUCUAAAAAAGACAAACACGUGAGAGUACAAAAAGUAUACAAAAAAAGGUGUACAUCAAGAAUUACUCAUAUGAUUAACUAAAAUAUUGUUCGACCAUCAUUGUUGUCUUUGGUUGUAGAUAACUGUCACCCCCAUCAAUGCGUUGUUCACUAUUGACGUAGACAAUUCAACAUUCUUCAUAGAUUGGUUGCCUUCUGGGGUUGAACAACAAUGUGCUUCUGAUCUUCUUCCUUCUAAGAUCAAUUUUUUCCCAGAUGAUAAAGGCGGAGACAUUUUAAUUAGUUCUAUAAGUAAUGAAUAAAUGAGCACUAUUAGCCCAAUGUCAACUUGUCAAGUGAUGAGAGCAUUAAAUAUACACCAAUGUAAUAUAAUUAAGGUCGGGUACUUGAUCUAAAGUCAUGUGUAUGUUUAUUUUGAUAUAGUAGUUGAUUGUGCCAGCACGUACG